AUGAUAAAAAUACUUUCUAGCGAAGAUGCGAACAGCAUUAGGACAGAACAAAUCCUACCGAACGCAUACACCCUUGUAAAUGAGCUAGUGAAGAACAGCAUAGACAGUGGAAGUAGCGCAAUCACCAUACGCAUUGACAUAGUAAAUAGUAGCAUUAUUUACAUAGUGGAGGACAAUGGAGCAGGCAUAGAAGUAAAUAGGUUUUUUCUGAUGAAAGGAGGCACCUCCAAAGGAGUUCCAGAGGGAGCAUUUACAGACAGAGCAAGCUAUGGGUUCAAGGGAGUCACUCUGAACUCUCUGAUAGCAGUGGCUGAUUUCAUCAUUACAACAAAUAAUAACGGGAAAACUGUAAGAAUCGAAGUAAAAGAAAAAAAUAUAACGGUAAACAGCACAGACUACCACAAAGAGAACAGAGGAACAACCAUCAGAGUAGACAACUACUACAAGAACAAGCCAAUAAGACACAAUUACCUGUUCAGCCACAUAGGAAAGAGCAUAAACAGCAUAGUAGAUGCAAUAAGGAAAUACACAGCAAUCCACAAUGUGCAAUUCAAGCUCUACAAGAACAGCAAGCUGAUAUACAACACACCUUACAACAUAGCUCCAUUAGCACUAGAAGACAGCCUGGUAAACUACACAGACAGAAUAUGCACUAUAUACAACAUACUAAAUCGAAGAACAGUUACAUUCCAAAGCAGCGCAAUGUCUCUGGUGUAUAUAAUUAGCGAAGGAAAGGGAAUAGAAGGAAUAAUCCACAAUAAAAUGACAGUUAUAGAGAACCCAAAGAUAGACAAGCUUAUAAAAAGCAGUGCAAAGAUCGAUAGCAAAGUCUACUACAAUCUGGCAAUAAAUAGCACAAGCUACAAAGAAAUAGCGAUAAUAAAAGAGAUAGAAAACAUAAGCACAUACUCUAUCAAAAGCAUACUCGAUAGCAGUCCACAGACAAAAGAGCACACCAUCAAUGUAUCACAGAGCAGCACAAACUCAACCAUUCCAUCGAAUACUAAUAGAUCUGCAGCCAACAGCAAUGGUGCUUCUAAGGAUAGUACUGCUAUAGCCAACAAUAGCAAUGUAAAUUAUUCUCAAAAUAAAAAUGAAAUAGUUACCAGUACGAAAUCAGUAAAUACGCCAAAAAAAGAGAACAUUGGAAUAGAUGCUAUGGUAAUAGACAGCAAUGAAGUACUGAUGAAAUAUAGGCACAAGGAUGGGAUAGGGCUAAAUACAAAGGAAAUAGGCGAGCUGUCUGUUGUAGGCCAGUUUAACAAUGGGUUUAUUAUAUGCACUGCAGUAAAGAGCAGCGGCCUGCACAUCUAUGCAGUGGACCAGCAUGCAGCUGAUGAAGCAGUGAACUACGAGAGACUCAAAAAGGCAUACGAGUACAAAAGACAGAAACUAAUAAAGCCUGUCCCAAUGAACAUAAACAGCUAUGAUACACACAUAAUAGAAGAGAACAUCAAAGAAAUAGAAAGACACGGGUUUAUACUAAACAGCGCCUGCACAGAGAUACAUGAAGCACCUGUCUAUCAAGGACGCGUCUUUGGAGAAAAAGAGAUAGUGGAAAUAGUAGAAAGAAUAAAGGAAGGAAGAGUGCAGGAAGGUAAAGACAGAGUUGUAUUUGAAGAGCUGAGAAAAAUACUCGCCAGCAAAGCGUGCCGCACAAGCAUAAUGAUAGGCCAACCGCUGAACAUGCAGAAAAUGAAAGAUAUCCUCAACAAUCUAUCUCUAACAACUAGGCCAUGGAACUGCCCGCAUGGAAGGCCAACUAUUCUCCUCCUUCAGAGCCCAAAGGAGCAAUUUUAA